GCCUGCGAGCCCUCGCCGGACCCGCGGCUCGCUCCGUGCGCCUUGGCCGGGCCCUGCCCCUGCUGCCCGAUCGCGGGCGUCUGCGCCUCCUCGGCUCCCGGGCGCAUCCCAGCGCUGCCCCAGCUCGGGCGCCCAGGCCCGGGUGCCAGUACCCACUUCAGGUUUGGUUCUCUGCGCCCGCCCGAGGCGUCCCGGAGGAGCCCUACGCCUUGCGCCGGAUCGUCCCCCCAGGCUUAACCCCGCCGCUCCACUCGGAUUCCUCGGCUGCCCUUGCUCGGGUGGCGACUUCCUCCCCGCGCCCCCUCCCCCUAACCAUGAAGAAGUCGAUUGGAAUAUUAAGCCCAGGAGUGGCUUUGGGAAUGGCUGGCAGUGCAAUGUCUUCCAAGUUCUUUCUAAUGGCUUUGGCCAUAUUGUUCUCCGUCGCCCAGGUUGUAAUAGAAGCCAAUUCUUGGUGGUCGCUAGGUAUGAAUAACCCUGUUCAGAUGUCAGAAGUAUAUAUCAUAGGAGCGCAGCCUCUCUGCAGCCAACUGGCAGGACUUUCUCAAGGACAGAAGAAACUGUGCCACUUGUAUCAGGACCACAUGCAGUACAUCGGAGAAGGCGCGAAGACAGGCAUCAAAGAAUGCCAGUACCAAUUCCGACAUCGAAGAUGGAACUGCAGCACCGUGGAUAACACCUCCGUUUUUGGCAGGGUUAUGCAGAUAGGCAGCCGGGAGACGGCCUUCACGUACGCGGUGAGCGCCGCGGGGGUGGUGAACGCCAUGAGCCGAGCGUGCCGCGAGGGCGAGCUGUCCACCUGCGGCUGCAGCCGCACCGGGCGCCCCAAGGACCUGCCGCGGGACUGGCUGUGGGGCGGCUGCGGCGACAACAUUGACUACGGCUACCGCUUCGCCAAGGAGUUCGUGGACGCACGGGAGCGGGAGCGCAUCCACGCCAAGGGCUCCUACGAGAGUGCCCGCAUCCUCAUGAACCUGCACAACAACGAGGCGGGUCGCAGGACGGUGUACAGCCUGGCCGACGUGGCCUGCAAGUGCCACGGCGUGUCCGGCUCCUGCAGCCUCAAGACGUGCUGGCUGCAGCUGGCGGACUUCCGCAAGGUGGGUGAUGCCCUGAAGGAGAAGUACGACAGCGCUGCGGCCAUGCGGCUCAACAGCCGGGGCAAGUUGGUGCAGGUCAACAGCCGCUUCAACUCACCCACCACGCAGGACCUGGUUUACAUCGACGCCAGCCCCGACUACUGCGUGCGCAACGAGAGCACCGGCUCGCUGGGUACGCAGGGCCGCCUGUGCAACAAGACGUCUGAGGGCAUGGACGGCUGCGAGCUCAUGUGCUGCGGCCGUGGUUACGACCAGUUCAAGACGGUGCAGACAGAGCGUUGCCACUGCAAGUUCCACUGGUGCUGCUACGUCAAGUGCAAGAAGUGCACAGAGAUCGUGGACCAGUUCGUGUGCAAAUAGUGGGCGCCCGCCGCCCGCCCCGCCACCCAGCCCCGCUCCCGGGACCCGCUUAUUUAUAGAAAGUACAGUGAUUCUGUUUUGUUUUUGUUUUUAAAUAUUGUUUUAUUUUCCCCCAACAAUUGCAACCGGAACCAUUUUUUUUUUUUUUUUGUUCCCAUCUAAGAACUCUGUGGUUUAUUAUUAAUAUUAUAAUUAUUAUUUGGCAAUAAUGGAGGGUGGGGAGCAAGAAAAGUAUUUAUUUUGUGGCUCUUUUAAAAGGUAGUACAAGGCUUCUUUUGAGGUAGAGGAGCAGAGGGAAGUAAUACGUGCCCUAAUUUAGCUGU